AUGUCUGCAACCCGGCCACUGGCAAAUUCACCAUUCUCCCGAAGCCUUCGUCUGGGUUCCAGGCGCUGGCCCUGGCUGCCUUCGAGCCUCACGGCGCCUCGCCUCGAUUCCAUGUACUUAACUUUGCAAGAACCCUUCUUUGAUUCAGACUUCGAAGAAUCCGACGGUGAUGACGCUCUGUCUGACACCGACGGUGGUGACUACGGCGGUGGCGAAUUGUUGGAUUUGUGCGAGGCGACCAACUUCUGUGUGCAGGGCCUCGAGGUAUUCUCGUCGGUGACCGGCAAAUGGGUGCAGAGCCACGCUUGCCGUGACUCCCGUAUCAGGCUGGUGGAAGGAAUGGGCUGUGUGUUCAUCAAUGGCUUUGUCAAUUUGCUCACCCACGAGAAGAAGGUUCUUGCUGUCGAUCCAGAGGGCCGGGCGUGGCGUCUGAUUCCAUUGCCUGUAUCCAACAGGCUUGGGUCGGUCGGGUGCCUCGGACAGUCUCAGGGAUUCCUGCAUUAUGCCGCGCAAGAAGACUGCGGCUGCACCAUGAUGCAGGUUUGGAUUCUGAAGGAUUUCGGGGAAGGGGAUUGGAUUCUGAAGUGCCGGUUCGAGAUUGAAGUGGUUCCGCAGACGAAGAUACUGUUUGAUUAUGCUGGCAAUGAAUUCUGGUCUGAAAUUUUCUAUGUGGUUGUGUUUCAUCCCGAGAGGGAUCUUGUUUUGCUCCCUGUGGAAGGAUACAAGAUGCUAUCCUAUAAUUUGAUCAAUGCUGAAGUGAAGGAGAUAUGUGUGUUGGAACCAGAAACAUGGCCCAGGUUCCUAGUUUAUGUGCCCUCCUAUAUGGUUUUACCAAAUCCUGAUGUGCAACUGAAGGAAUUGAUCUGA